CCCCAUGCACUUGCACGAAAGAAAUUGGGCUGAGCUACUAAUCUGCUGCAGAGAGGAAGCCAUCCGUUCGCGCAGAGCGGGGCUGGGGUUGCUCGCUCUGGGUCGCUCGCACUUUCUUUUCCCUAGAGCUCCAGCUUGGCGUGGGAGCAUCUCGCUCAGCUGCAGACGCCGCCUCCGCCGCGGGGGUGCCUUCUUCGUUUUUUCCAGCUACUGCCGACGCACCACCAGCUAGCCCGAGCACCGGAGGCAGCAGCAGCAGCAGCGCCCAGGAGGCGAAAAAGAGCCAUGGCUGAACUGGGCGAAGGCGAGGACGAGAUACAGUUCCUGCGAACUGAUGAUGAAGUGGUUCUGCAGUGCACUGCUACUGUUCACAAAGAACAACAGAAAUUGUGCCUUGCUGCAGAAGGAUUUGGCAACAGGCUCUGCUUCUUGGAAUCCACUUCAAAUUCCAAGAAUGUUCCUCCGGAUCUCUCCAUCUGUACUUUUGUGCUGGAACAGUCCUUGUCAGUGCGAGCUCUCCAGGAAAUGCUGGCUAAUACGGAAGAGAAAGCUGAAGGGCUAGUUGAUAUGGAAAAAUGGAAAUUUAUGAUGAAGACUGCUCAAGGUGGUGGUCAUCGGACACUGCUCUAUGGACAUGCAAUAUUGCUACGCCAUUCUUACAGUGGUAUGUAUCUGUGUUGCCUCUCCACCUCACGAACAUCAAUGGACAAACUGGCAUUUGAUGUGGGCUUGCAAGAAGAUACAACAGGUGAGGCCUGCUGGUGGACAAUACACCCGGCCUCCAAACAGCGUUCAGAAGGAGAAAAGGUUCGUGUUGGAGAUGAUCUCAUCUUAGUCAGUGUCUCUUCAGAAAGGUACUUGCAUUUAUCUUACGGCAAUGGCAGCUUGCGUGUUGAUGCAGCCUUCCAGCAAACACUUUGGAGCGUAGCUCCAAUCAGUUCAGGAAGUGAAGUAGCUCAAGGUUAUCUGAUAGGUGGUGAUGUGCUGAGAUUAUUACAUGGUCACAUGGAUGAAUGCCUGACUGUCCCUUCAGGAGAACAUGGUGAAGAGCAGAGAAGAACUGUCCAUUAUGAAGGAGGUGCUGUGUCUAUUCAUGCGCGAUCAUUGUGGCGACUAGAGACUCUGAGGGUUGCGUGGAGUGGAAGCCACAUUAGAUGGGGGCAGCCAUUCAGAUUAAGACAUAUAACAACAGGGAAAUAUUUAAGCCUCAUGGAUGACAAGAGUCUUCUUCUAACAGACAAAGAGAAAGCCGAUGUGAAAUCUACAGCAUUUUGUUUUCGGUCUUCCAAGGAAAAGUUAGAUGUGGGGAUACGAAAAGAGGUAGAUGGAAUGGGAGCACCUGAGAUAAAGUAUGGAGACUCAGUCUGUUUUAUACAGCAUUCUGACACGGGUUUGUGGCUUACAUACCAGUCAAUAGAUGCAAAAUGUGCAAGAAUGGGAUCUGUGCAACGCAAGGCUAUCAUGCACCAUGAAGGUCAUAUGGAUGAUGGUCUAACAUUGUCCAGGUCUCAGCAUGAAGAGUCGCGUACCGCACGUGUAAUUCGUAGUACUGUCUUCCUUUUCAACAGGUUCAUAAGGGGCCUUGAUGCUCUCAGCAAGAAAAUAAAGUCUUCCACUCUUGACUUACCCAUCGAGUCAGUCAGCCUUAGUCUCCAAGACUUAAUUGGUUACUUCCAUCCACCUGAUGAGCAUUUAGAGCAUGAAGACAAGCAGAACCGCCUAAGAGCACUGAAGAAUCGGCAGAAUCUCUUCCAGGAAGAGGGCAUGAUCAACUUGGUGCUCGAGUGUAUUGAUCGCUUACAUGUAUACAGCAGUGCAGCUCAUUUUGCUGAUGUAGCUGGAAAGGAGGCGGGAGAGACUUGGAAAUCUAUUCUAAACUCAUUGUAUGAAUUACUAGCGGCUCUGAUUAGAGGGAAUCGCAAAAACUGCGCCCAAUUUUCUGGAUCUCUUGACUGGCUGAUCAGCAGAUUGGAGAGACUGGAAGCAUCUUCUGGAAUUCUUGAGGUUUUACACUGUGUGUUGGUGGAAAGUCCAGAAGCUUUAAACAUAAUUAAGGAAGGACAUAUUAAAUCAAUUAUAUGUCUUUUGGACAAACAUGGAAGAAACCAUAAGGUUUUAGAUGUUUUGUGUUCUCUGUGUGUAUGCCAUGGAGUAGCCGUACGAUCUAAUCAACAUUUGAUUUGUGACAAUCUUCUGCCAGGAAGAGAUCUCCUUCUCCAGACACGCCUUGUCAACCAUGUGAGCAGCAUGAGACCCAAUAUUUUUCUUGGAAUCAGUGAAGGCUCUGCUCAGUACAGGAAAUGGUAUUAUGAGCUAAUGGUUGACCAUGUGGAACCAUUUACAACAGCAGAGGCUACUCACCUUCGUGUGGGUUGGGCUUCAACAGAGGGUUAUUCGCCAUACCCUGUGGGAGGAGAAGAAUGGGGAGGAAAUGGUGUUGGUGAUGACCUGUAUUCCUAUGGUUUCGAUGGACUUCAUCUGUGGUCAGGUUGUGUCGCAAGGUCUGUAAAUUCUCCCAACCAGCAUCUGCUACGGACAGAUGAUGUAAUCAGCUGCUGUCUUGACCUGAGUGCUCCAAGUAUUUCAUUUCGGAUAAAUGGGCAGCCAGUCCAGGGGAUGUUUGAGAAUUUCAACACAGAUGGUCUUUUCUUUCCAGUUGUCAGCUUCUCUGCAGGGAUAAAGGUACGUUUUUUGCUUGGAGGCCGCCAUGGAGAAUUUAAAUUCCUUCCACCUCCGGGAUAUGCACCUUGUUUUGAAGCUAUUCUGCCAAAAGAAAAGUUGAAAGUGGAACACAGCAGAGAAUACAAACAGGAUCGCAGCUGCACAAGAGAUCUACUGGGUCCAAAUAUCUCUCUGUCACAAGCAGCUUUCACCCCAGUACCAGUAGAUACCAGUCAGAUUGUAUUGCCUCCACAUCUGGAAAGAAUUAGAGAAAAACUAGCUGAGAAUAUCCAUGAACUUUGGGUUAUGAAUAAAAUUGAACUUGGAUGGCAGUAUGGUCCAGUCAGAGAUGACAACAAGAGACAGCAUCCAUGUUUGGUGGAAUUUGCAAAGCUGCCAGAACAAGAACGAAAUUAUAAUCUCCAGAUGUCUCUUGAAACACUGAAAACCUUGUUGGCAUUAGGUUGUCAUGUUGGAAUUACUGAUGAACAUGGUGAAGAAAAAGUGAAGAAAUUAAAACUGCCAAAGAAUUACCUGUUGUCUAGUGGAUACAAGCCUGCUCCUAUGGAUCUGAGUUGUAUCAAGCUGACCCCAUCUCAGGAAGCCAUGGUUGAUAAACUAGCAGAAAAUGCUCACAAUGUCUGGGCAAGGGAUCGUAUCAGGCAGGGCUGGACAUAUGGAAUCCAACAGAGCCAGCCAGCCAGCCAGCAGAAGGACCACACGUUAUUUAGUAUGCCCUCUUCACAGAAUUGUGCUGACAUCAUUGAUGACAGAGAUCAUAAACAAGAUGUGAAGAACCGUCGGAACCCUCGUCUUGUCCCCUAUGCACUACUAGAUGAUCGCACUAAGAAAUCAAACAAAGAUAGUCUCCGAGAAGCAGUUCGUACUCUCAUUGGCUAUGGCUAUAAUCUUGAGGCUCCUGAUCAAGACCAUGCCACAAGACCAGAUGUAUUCUGUGCUAUGAUGGAAAGAUUCAGGAUUUUCCGCACAGAGAAGACCUAUGCAGUGAAAUCUGGGAAGUGGUAUUUUGAGUUUGAAGUGGUGACUGCAGGAGACAUGAGGGUUGGCUGGGCCAGGCCAGGUGGUCAGCCAGAACAAGAACUUGGGUCAGAUGAACAAGCAUUUGUCUUUGAUGGUUUCAAGGCCCAACGAUGGCACCAGGGAAAUGAGCAUUUUGGUCGUUCUUGGCUGACGGGGGAUAUUGUGGGAUGUAUGGUUGACUUAAAUGAACGUACUAUGAUGUUCACCCUGAAUGGUGAAAUCCUUCUUGAUGACUCAGGUUCUGAGCUUGCAUUCAAGGACUUUGAGGUUGGUGAUGGCUUUAUACCUGCAUGUAGCCUGGGAUUGUCGCAAGUGGGCAGAAUGAACUUUGGCAAAGAUGUCAGCACCCUGAAAUAUUUCACUAUUUGUGGAUUACAAGAAGGCUAUGAACCUUUUGCAGUGAAUACAAACAGGGAUAUCACCAUAUGGUUAAGCAAGAGACUACCUCAAUUCCUUCCAGUACCACCAAAUCAUGAACAUAUUGAGGUUACAAGAAUAGAUGGUACUGCAGACAGCUCCCCAUGCUUGAAGGUCACACAGAAGUCCUUUGGAUCUCAAAAUAGCAAAACAGACAUCAUGUUCUAUCGUCUCAGCAUGCCUAUUGAGUGUGCAGAGGUAUUUUCUAAAAUGCCUGGAGGAGGGUUGCCAAGUUCAAGCCUUUUUGGCCCAAAGAAUGACUUGGAUGAUUAUGAUGCUGAUUCUGACUUUGAAGUCCUUAUGAAGACUGCUCAUGGUCACCUGGUACCUGAUCGUGUAGAAAAAGAAGCGAUAAAAUCAGAGUUCAAUAACCAUAAAGAUUAUACACAAGAGAAACCUUCACGCCUCAAGCAACGAUUUAUGCUGAGAAGGACAAAACCAGACUACAGCACAAGCCACUCUGCAAGGCUCACUGAAGAUGUCUUAGCAGACGAAAGGGAUGACUAUGAUUAUUUAAUGCAAACAUCUACAUAUUAUUAUUCUGUGCGCAUCUUUCCUGGACAAGAACCUGCUAAUGUCUGGGUGGGAUGGAUUACAUCUGACUUCCAUCAAUAUGACACAAGCUUUGAUUUGGACAGAGUUCGCACUGUUACAGUAACCCUAGGAGAUGAAAAAGGGAAAGUUCAUGAGAGUAUCAAACGAAGCAACUGCUAUAUGGUGUGUGCAGGAGAGAGCAUGAGUCCAGGGCAAGGACGCAACAAUAAUGGAUUAGAGAUUGGCUGUUUGGUUGAUGCUGCAACUGGUCUCCUGUCCUUCACAGCUAAUGGUAAAGAGUUAAGCACCUAUUAUCAGGUUGAACCAAGCACUAAAUUAUUUCCUGCAGUAUUUGCACAAGCUACAAGCCCCAAUGUUUUCCAGUUUGAGUUGGGGAGAAUAAAGAAUGUAAUGCCAUUGUCAGCUGGCUUGUUCAAAAGCGAACACAAAAACCCAAUCCCCCAGUGUCCUCCCCGCCUUCAUGUUCAGUUUCUGACACACGUGCUUUGGAGUAGAGUGCCAAACCAUUUUCUGAAGGUUGAUAUAUCACGGAUCAGUGAACGUCAAGGCUGGUCAGUGCAAUGCCUGGAGCCUUUGCAGUUCAUGUCUCUUCAUAUCCCAGAGGAAAACAGGUCUAUAGACAUCUUGGAGUUGACUGAACAAGAAGAAUUGUUAAAAUUUCACUAUCAUACUCUCCGAUUGUACUCAGCUGUUUGUGCUCUUGGGAACAAUCGAGUUGCACAUGCAAUGUGCAGCCAUGUUGAUGAAUCUCAACUUCUGUAUGCUAUUGAAAACAAAUAUAUGCCAGGCUUAUUACGUGCAGGCUAUUAUGACCUUCUCAUUGAUAUUCAUCUUAAUACCUAUGCCACUGCAAGACUAAUGAUGAACAAUGAAUUUAUUGUUCCAAUGACAGAUGAGACUAAAAGCAUUACUCUCUUCCCUGAUGAAAACAAAAAACAUGGUCUUCCGGGCAUUGGACUCAGUACUUCCCUGCGACCCAGAAUACAUUUUUCCUCUCCCAGCUUUGUAAGGAUUAACUGUGAAUGUUACCAAUAUAGUCCUGAAUUUCCUCUGGACAUAUUGAAGACUAAAACAAUAGAUAUGCUGACAGAGGCAGUUCAGGAGGGAAGCCUUCAUGUCAGAGAUCCAGUAGGUGGCACUACAGAGUUUCUAUUUGUUCCUUUAAUUAAGCUUUUUUACACUCUACUUAUCAUGGGAAUCUUCCAUAAUGGAGACCUGAAGCAUAUCUUGCAGCUGAUUGAACCUAGUGUUUUUAAGGAAGAUGGAGGCCAUGAAGCUGAGACUCAAGUACUACCAAAGGAGCUAGUUACAGAGGGGCUAAAUCCAGAGGCAGGAGAGGAUGAAAUCCGAGGAGAAAAGGUCCCUGAGGAAGGACUUCUUCAAAUGAAACUUCCCGAGCCUGUGAAAUUGCAGAUGUGUCAUUUACUCCAGUACCUUUGUGACUGUCAGAUACGCCACAGGAUAGAAGCCAUUGUAGCAUUUUCAGAUGACUUUGUUCUAAAACUUCAGGAAAAUCAACGUUUCCGAUACAAUGAAGUUAUGCAGGCAUUAAAUAUGUCUGCAGCAUUGACAGCCAAGAAAACAAAAGAGUUUCGAUCUCCACCACAGGAACAGAUUAAUAUGCUGCUGAAUUUUAAGGAUGAUAAAAAUGAUUGCCCUUGUCCUGAAGAAAUUAGGGAUCAGCUCUUGGAUUUUCAUGAAGACUUGAUGGCACAUUGUGGAAUUCAGCUAGAUGAAGAUGGAACUCUGGAUGGAAACAGUGAUUUAACUAUUAAAGGCCGCCUACUAUAUCUUGUAGAAAGGAUCACACAUCUGAAAAAGAAACAAACAGAGAAGCUAGUUGAUGAUGAUGCGAAGAAACCAUCAACACUCCAGCAGCUGAUAUCAGAGACCAUGGUACGAUGGGCCCAAGAAUCAGUAAUAGAAGAUCCAGAGUUGGUGAGGGCCAUGUUUGUUUUGCUACACCGCCAAUAUGAUGGAGUUGGUGGCCUGGUUCGUGCCUUACCAAAAACAUACACUAUUAAUGGCGUGUCUGUGGAAGAUACAAUCAACUUGCUAGCAUCUCUUGGCCAGAUCCGUUCUCUCCUCAGUGUCAGAAUGGGCAAGGAAGAAGAGAAGCUUAUGAUUCGUGGAUUAGGGGACAUCAUGAACAAUAAAGUUUUUUACCAACAUCCUAAUCUUAUGAGGGCAUUGGGUAUGCAUGAGACUGUAAUGGAAGUAAUGGUGAAUGUCCUUGGAGGAGGGGAGUCAAAGGAAAUCACCUUUCCCAAGAUGGUGGCAAACUGCUGUCGUUUUCUAUGUUACUUUUGCCGCAUCAGCAGACAAAAUCAAAAGGCUAUGUUUGAUCAUCUAAGCUAUCUUUUGGAAAACAGCAGUGUUGGACUUGCAUCUCCUUCUAUGCGUGGAUCAACACCUUUAGAUGUUGCAGCAGCAUCUGUAAUGGAUAAUAAUGAACUUGCUUUAGCUUUAAGGGAACCUGACCUUGAGAAGGUAGUCCGCUACUUGGCUGGAUGUGGUUUGCAAAGCUGCCCUCUUCUAAUUUCCAAAGGCUACCCGGAUAUUGGGUGGAAUCCAGUUGAAGGGGAACGAUAUUUGGAUUUCCUUCGUUUUGCUGUUUUUUGCAAUGGAGAGAGUGUUGAAGAAAAUGCCAAUGUGGUGGUCAGAUUGCUUAUUCGCCGUCCUGAGUGUUUUGGACCAGCGCUGAGAGGAGAAGGUGGUAAUGGCCUGCUUGCUGCCAUGGAAGAAGCCAUACAUAUAUCAGAAGACCCUACAAGAGAUGGACCUUCACCAAGUAAUGGAUCCAGUAGAACACUAAGUGAAGUGGAAGAAGAGGAUGAUACUAUUCACAUGGGAAAUGCCAUCAUGACCUUUUAUGCUGCAUUGAUUGACCUCUUAGGACGCUGCGCUCCAGAAAUGCAUCUAAUUCAUGCUGGCAAAGGGGAAGCUAUUAGAAUCAGAUCUAUUCUGCGGUCUUUGAUUCCUUUGGAAGAUUUGGUUGGCGUAAUAAGCAUUCCUUUUCAUAUGCCAACAAUAGCAAAAGAUGGUACUGUAGCGGAACCUGAUAUGUCAGAAGGGUUUUGCCCAGACCACAAGGCAGCCAUGGUAUUGUUCCUUGACAGGGUCUAUGGAAUUGAAGACCAGGAAUUUCUUCUCCAUCUUUUAGAAGUUGGUUUUCUUCCAGAUCUUCGUGCUGCUGCUUCAUUAGAUACGGUUGCUCUGAGUGCUACAGAUAUGGCCCUGGCUCUCAAUCGGUAUCUCUGCACUGCUGUCUUGCCUUUAUUGACACGAUGUGCUCCUCUUUUUGCUGGCACAGAACAUCAUGCUUCCCUUAUAGAUUCUUUGCUACAUACUGUAUACCGUCUCUCCAAGGGCUGCUCUCUUACCAAAGCUCAACGGGACUCUAUUGAGGAGUGCCUACUCUCCAUUUGUGGUCAGCUGAGGCCUUCAAUGAUGCAACAUUUAUUGAGAAGAUUAGUUUUUGAUAUUCCACUCCUAAAUGAACAUGCAAAGAUGCCUCUUAAGUUGUUGACAAAUCAUUAUGAAAGAUGUUGGAAAUAUUACUGUUUACUAGGAGGAUGGGGCAACUUUGGUGCUGCUUCAGAAGAGGAACUUCAUUUAUCCAGAAAGUUGUUCUGGGGUAUUUUUGAUGCACUGUCUCAAAAGAAAUAUGAACAGGAACUAUUCAAGUUAGCUUUGCCUUGCCUGAGUGCAGUGGCAGGUGCUUUACCACCUGAUUACAUGGAAUCAAAUUAUGUUGGUGUAAUGGAAAAACAGGCAUCCAUGGAUUCAGAGGGGAACUUUAACCCACAGCCUGUCGAUACUUCAAACAUUACAAUUCCUGAAAAGCUGGACUACUUUCUUAACAAAUAUGCUGAACAUUCCCAUGAUAAAUGGUGCAUGGAAAAGUUUGCAAAUGGGUGGAUAUAUGGUGAAACAUAUUCGGAAUCUUCCAAGGUUCAGCCAUUAAUGAAACAAUAUAAAUUAUUAUCCGAAAAGGAAAAAGAAAUUUACAGAUGGCCCAUCAAAGAGUCUUUGAAAACUAUGCUUGCUUGGGGAUGGCGUGUUGAACGAACAAGAGAAGGUGAUACGAUGGCUCUUUAUAAUAGGCCACGUCGGAUAUCACAGACGAGUCAGGUUUCUGUAGAUACUGUCCAUGGCUAUACCCCCCGUGCAAUUGACAUGAGUAAUGUUACCCUCUCCAGAGAGCUGCAUGCUAUGGCUGAGAUGAUGGCUGAAAACUACCACAACAUAUGGGCAAAGAAGAAGAAAAUGGAGCUCGAAGCAAAAGUGGGAGGAGGAAACCAUCCAUUACUUGUUCCCUAUGAUACACUGACAGCCAAAGAAAAAGCCAAAGACAGAGAAAAAGCACAAGAUAUCCUUAAGUUUCUACAGAUCAAUGGAUACAUGGUUUCAAGAGGUCUAAAGGAUCUAGAGUUGGACACUCCUUCCAUUGAGAAAAGAUUUGCUUACAGUUUUCUUCAGCAACUGAUACGAUAUGUAGAUGAAGCACAUCAGUAUAUUCUGGAGUUUGAUGGUGGCAGCAGAGGGAAAGCAGAACAAUUUCCUUAUGAACAAGAAAUCAAGUUCUUUGCUAAAGUUGUACUUCCCUUAAUUGAUCAGUAUUUCAAAAACCACCGCCUGUAUUUCUUAUCUGCGGCAAGCAGGCCUCUCAGCAGUGGGGGGCAUGCCUCUAAUAAGGAGAAAGAAAUGGUAACAAGCCUAUUCUGCAAACUUGGAGUUCUUGUCAGGCAUAGGAUUUCACUGUUUGGAAAUGAUGCAACCUCAAUAGUCAAUUGUCUUCAUAUCUUGGGCCAGACCUUGGAUGCAAGGACAGUGAUGAAAACAGGUCUGGAGUCUGUUAAGAUGGCUUUGAGGACAUUUUUGGAUAAUGCUGCAGAGGACCUAGAGAAGACAAUGGAAAACCUUAAGCAAGGGCAAUUUACCCAUACCAGGAGUCAGCCGAAAGGAGUGACACAAAUAAUUAACUAUACUACUGUAGCUCUCCUGCCAGUGCUCUCUUCACUUUUUGAACACAUUGGACAGCAUCAAUUUGGAGAAGAUCUGAUAUUGGAGGAUGUACAGGUCUCUUGUUACAGAAUAUUGGCCAGUUUGUAUGCUCUGGGGACCAGCAAGACUAUCUAUGUGGAGCGGCAACGCUCAGCUUUAGGUGAAUGCUUGGCUGCUUUUUCUGGUGCCUUUCCUGUAGCAUUUUUGGAAACUCAUCUGAACAAACAUAACCCCUAUUCUAUUUACAACACGAAGACUGCAAGAGACAGAUCAGGUUUCAGCUUACCAAACAGUGUAGAAGAGCUUUGUCCAAACAUUCCUUCCCUGGAGAAGCUAAUGGAAGAAAUUGUGGAAUUAGCGGAAUCUGGCAUUCGCUAUACACAAAUGCCUCAUGUAAUGGAAGUCGUAUUGCCCAUGCUCUGUAGCUACAUGUCACAUUGGUGGGAACAUGGGCCAGAAAGCAGUCCUGACAAGAGUGAAAUGUGCUGCACAGCUUUGACUUCAGAGCAUAUGAAUACCCUUUUGGGAAACAUCCUGAAGAUCAUUCAUAAUAACCUGGGCAUAGAUGAGGGAGCCUGGAUGAAGAGAUUAGCAGUAUUUUCUCAGCCUAUCAUAAGCAAAGUGAAGCCCCAGCUCCUGAAAACACAUUUUCUUCCACUGAUGGAGAAAUUGAAGAAAAAGGCUGCAAUGGUUAUAUCUGAUGAAGAACACUUAAGAGCAGAAGGCAGAGGGGAUAUGUCUGAGGCAGAACUUCUCAUCCUAGAUGAGUUUACUACACUAGCACGGGACCUUUAUGCCUUCUACCCAUUGUUGAUUAGAUUUGUGGAUUACAACAGAGCAAAAUGGCUUAAACAACCUAACCCAGAAGCUGAAGACCUGUUUCGUAUGGUUGCUGAAGUAUUUAUUUACUGGUCAAAAUCCCAUAAUUUUAAAAGGGAAGAACAGAACUUUGUUGUGCAAAAUGAAAUCAACAACAUGUCUUUCCUAAUUACUGAUACCAAGUCCAAGAUGUCCAAGGCAGCUGUUUCUGAUCAGGAAAGGAAAAAAAUGAAGCGGAAAGGUGACCGUUACUCAACACAGACCUCUCUUAUUGUAGCAGCAUUGAAAAGACUGCUACCUGUUGGGCUAAAUAUUUGUGCACCUGGUGACCAAGAAUUAAUUGCACUGGCAAAAAACAGAUUAAGUAUGAAAGAUACUGAGGAUGAAGUUCGUGAUAUUAUCCACAAUAAUCUUCAUUUACAGGGCAAGCUUGAAGAUCCUGCCAUUAGGUGGCAAAUGGCUCUUUACAAAGACUUACCAAAUAGGACUGAAGUUACUUCAGAUCCAGAGAAGACAGUGGAACGGGUUCUGGAUAUAGCUAAUGUACUUUUUCAUCUGGAACAGAAAUUCUCUAAUCGGGGCCGGAGAUUUUUCAGAAUGGUUGAGCAUCCUCAGAGAUCAAAAAAAGCAGUAUGGCAUAAACUUCUGUCCAAACAGAGAAAAAGAGCAGUGGUAGCUUGCUUCAGAAUGGCACCACUAUAUAACCUUCCACGGCAUCGAGCUGUCAACCUUUUUCUUCAAGGAUAUGAAAAGUCUUGGGUUGAAACGGAAGAGCACUAUUUUGAAGAUACACUAAUAGAAGACUUGGCAAAGCCUGGAGAAAAGCCACCAGAGGAAGAUGAAUAUAUUAAAAGAGUUGAUCCUUUGAAUCAGCUUAUUUUACUAUUCAGUCGAACAGCGUUAACUGAAAAAUGUAAGCUGGAGGAAGAUUAUCUGUAUAUGGCAUAUGCUGAUAUUAUGGCAAAGAGCUGCCAUGAUGAAGAAGAAGAUGAUGGUGAAGAGGAGGUGAAGAGCUUUGAAGUCACAGGAUCUCAGCGCAGCAAGGAAAAAGAAAUGGAAAAGCAAAAGCUUCUGUACCAGCAAGCAAGACUGCAUGAUCGGGGAGCUGCAGAAAUGGUCCUUCAGACAAUUAGUGCCAGCAAAGGAGAGAUGGGGCCAAUGGUUGCAGCAACCCUGAAACUUGGAAUUGCCAUCUUGAAUGGAGGAAAUUCUACUGUUCAGCAGAAAAUGCUUGACUAUCUCAAGGAUAAAAAGGAUGUAGGAUUCUUUCAGAGCCUUGCUGGUCUUAUGCAGUCUUGUAGCGUUCUUGACCUAAAUGCUUUUGAACGCCAGAACAAAGCAGAGGGCCUUGGCAUGGUAACAGAAGAAGGAUCAGUCAUCACUCAUGAGCGUGGAGAAAAGGUGAUGCAGGAUGAUGAAUUUACGUGUGAUCUCUUCCGAUUCCUUCAGUUGCUUUGUGAAGGGCACAGCUCAGAUUUUCAGAACUAUUUGAGGACUCAGACUGGUAACAAUACAACUGUCAAUAUUAUCAUAUCUACUGUGGAUUAUUUACUGAGAGUUCAGGAAUCAAUUAGUGAUUUCUAUUGGUAUUAUUCUGGAAAAGAUGUUAUUGAUGAACAAGGACAACGUAAUUUCUCUAAAGCAAUUCAAGUUGCAAAGCAGGUCUUCAAUACUCUCACAGAAUAUAUUCAGGGACCUUGUACAGGUAACCAGCAGAGUCUAGCGCAUAGCAGGCUGUGGGAUGCUGUUGUUGGUUUUCUUCAUGUAUUUGCUCACAUGCAGAUGAAGCUGUCUCAGGACUCUAGCCAAAUUGAAUUACUGAAGGAAUUAAUGGAUCUUCAGAAGGAUAUGGUGGUCAUGUUGCUGUCUAUGUUAGAAGGCAAUGUUGUGAAUGGAACAAUCGGCAAGCAGAUGGUUGACAUGCUAGUGGAAUCCUCCAACAAUGUAGAAAUGAUUCUAAAGUUUUUUGAUAUGUUUUUAAAACUGAAGGAUUUGACUUUCUCUGAUGCAUUCAAAGAAUAUGAUCCUGAUGGCAAGGGUGUCAUUUCAAAAAGAGAUUUCCACAAAGCAAUGGAAAGCCAUAAACACUACACUCAAUCUGAAACAGAGUUUUUGCUCUCCUGUGCUGAAACAGAUGAGAAUGAGACUCUAGACUACGAGGAAUUUGUGAAACGGUUUCAUGAGCCGGCCAAAGACAUUGGCUUCAAUGUUGCUGUUCUCUUGACAAAUUUGUCGGAGCACAUGCCUCACGAUACCCGACUGCAGACUUUCCUUGAACUUGCAGACAGUGUUUUGAACUAUUUCCAGCCCUUCUUAGGGCGCAUAGAAAUAAUGGGCAGUGCAAAACGUAUUGAACGUGUUUACUUUGAAAUAAGUGAAUCAAGUCGGACACAGUGGGAGAAACCACAAGUUAAAGAAUCAAAGAGGCAGUUUAUUUUUGAUGUAGUAAAUGAAGGAGGGGAGAAGGAAAAAAUGGAGCUUUUUGUUAACUUCUGUGAAGAUACCAUCUUUGAAAUGCAAUUGGCUGCUCAGAUCUCUGAAUCCGAUUUGAAUGAGAGGUCUGCAAAUAAAGAAGAAAAUGAGAAUGAGAAGCCUGAGGAGCAGGAUCCUAGAAUGGGCUUCUUUUCUCUAGUGACAGUCAAAUCAGCUUUAGUAGCUCUCAGGUAUAACAUGAUGACACUGAUGAAAAUGUUGAGCAUGAAAAGUAUAAAAAAGCAGAUGAAAAAAAUGAAAAAAAUGACAAUGAAAGAUAUGAUAAUGGCAUUUUUUUCCUCCUACUGGAGCAUUUUACUAGGCUUAAUGCAUUUUAUAUCAAGUGUCUUCCGAGGUUUCUUUCAAAUAAUGUACAGCUUGUUGCUUGGAGGAAGCCUAGUAGAAGGGGCUAAGAAGAUCAAAGUGGCUGAACUUUUAGCCAACAUGCCUGACCCCACUCAGGAUGAGGUGCGUGGUGACGGGGAAGAGGCGGAACGGAAACCAGCAGAAGCUGCCCUGCCUGCAGAAGACCUGACUGAUCUGAAAGCUUUGUCCGAAGAUAGUGACCUACUCUCGGACAUAUUUGGUUUGGAUUUAAAAAGAGAGGGAGGACAAUAUAAACUAAUUCCACACAAUCCAAAUGCAGGCCUGAGUGAUUUGCUGAGCAGCCCUUCUUUACUCCCUUUACCUGAAGUCCAAGAAAAAAUACCGGCAAAACUGGAGGAAAGAACUGAUGACACUGCAGCUGUGGCAGUCAACGAAAGACUGAGGAGACAGGACCAGAAGGUGAAUGAAGAUGAAAAGGAUGAAAAAGAAGAAACUAAACCUGAACCUGAAAAAGCAGAAGGAGAAGAUGGAGAAAAGGAGGAGAAAGUAAAGGAAGACAAAGGGAAACCGAGACAGCAUAAACAUAGGCACGGUGAACCAGAAACACAAGAAUCAGCUUUCUGGAAGAAAAUUAUAGCAUACCAACAAAAACUUCUUAACUAUUUUGCUCGGAAUUUCUACAACAUGCGGAUGCUGGCUUUGUUUGUCGCAUUUGCUAUCAACUUCAUUCUACUCUUCUAUAAGGUCUCCACAUCUGCAGUGGCUGAAGAAAAGGAGGCUGUUGUGGUGAAUACUGUUGAAAGCUCCAAGUUAAGCAGCCUGGAAAGUACUUCUCACAGAAUCAUCACAGUGCACUAUGUCCUUGAAGAAAGCAGUGGCUACAUGGAACCUACACUCCGUAUUUUGGCCAUUUUGCACACAGUCAUCUCCUUUUUCUGCAUCAUUGGGUAUUACUGUUUGAAAGUUCCCCUGGUUAUAUUUAAACGAGAAAAAGAAGUUGCAAGGAAAUUGGAAUUUGAUGGGCUGUAUAUUACAGAACAGCCUUCAGAAGAUGAUAUUAAAGGGCAGUGGGAUAGACUCGUCAUCAACACACAGUCAUUUCCUAACAACUAUUGGGACAAGUUUGUAAAAAGAAAGGUUAUGGAUAAAUAUGGAGAAUUCUAUGGCAAGGACAGAAUCAGCGAAUUACUUGGAAUGGAUAAGGCUGCUCUGGAUUUCAGCGAUGCCCGAGAAAAAAAGAAACCCAAAAAAGAUAGCUCUUUAUCAGCUGUACUGAAUUCUAUUGAUGUAAAGUACCAGAUGUGGAAAUUAGGAGUAGUUUUCACUGAUAAUUCUUUUCUUUACCUGGCCUGGUAUAUGACUAUGUCAAUCCUUGGACAUUACAACAACUUUUUCUUUGCUGCUCAUCUCCUUGACAUAGCGAUGGGAUUCAAAACGCUGCGAACUAUUCUAUCAUCAGUGACCCACAAUGGGAAACAGCUUGUGCUGACCGUGGGAUUACUGGCAGUGGUAGUUUACCUGUACACAGUAGUCGCAUUCAAUUUUUUCCGCAAAUUCUACAAUAAGAGCGAAGAUGGAGAUAUGCCAGAUAUGAAAUGUGAUGAUAUGCUAACGUGCUAUAUGUUCCACAUGUAUGUGGGAGUGCGUGCUGGUGGAGGAAUUGGUGAUGAAAUUGAAGACCCGGCAGGAGAUGAAUAUGAAAUUUAUCGAAUAAUCUUCGAUAUCACAUUUUUCUUCUUUGUGAUUGUUAUUCUACUAGCUAUCAUACAAGGAUUAAUUAUUGAUGCUUUUGGAGAAUUAAGAGAUCAGCAAGAACAAGUUAAAGAAGACAUGGAGACCAAAUGCUUUAUCUGUGGAAUAGGUAAUGAUUACUUUGAUACAGUGCCUCAUGGUUUUGAAACGCAUACUCUACAGGAGCACAACUUGGCUAAUUAUCUAUUUUUCCUGAUGUACCUUAUUAAUAAAGAUGAGACAGAACAUACUGGACAGGAAUCCUAUGUAUGGAAAAUGUAUCAGGAGCGAUGCUGGGAGUUUUUCCCUGCUGGCGAUUGCUUUCGGAAACAGUAUGAAGAUCAACUUAAUUAGAGCUGAGGACCAUUUCUUGAGAAACCACCCACACCUCUCCUAACUCCUUUGGGAACGUCUACCAGAUUUCCUGGAUCUGUUAAGCAGUGUGCUGUUUGGAGCACCAAAGCUUUUUUGAUGACUCGGCUGUCCUUUUUCUUCUGUGUUUGCUAUGAGAACUUAACUUUGGGAAAAGAAACAAAAAAAUCCCACACAACAAAUCCCCAUACAUAACAUGAACACACAUACACACACGGACUUGAGACAGCUUUUCUUUUCUUUUCUGAGACUACCGGAGGACUCCCUUAACUAGGAGAAUACAUGAGGGGUAAUGUGAUAGCCACAUUCAUUCAGUCUAUUUAUUUCAUCAUCCUGGAAGGACCUCUGUAGUUCAGAGUGCUGUAAAGGAUUGUUGUGGACACUAAGUUGUGGGGAAAUAGUGCCUUACUAUAUGUAGGUUGAGCUAUGCAGAAGAUGAGUGCAUGACGACAUCUUAUAUUUUCUUUAUCUGUCCUCUCUUUCCUCCCAGUUAAUAUUUAUUUUGUCUUCUGGAGGGGCUAGGGAGGGAUUUGGCUGUGCAGACCUUUUUAAUAAGACUAUGGCGUGUCUCAGGAUAAAAAGUAGGUUUUUCCCCCCUCAUUCAGCUAAAUUCACAGGUUUCUUCCUCUGUAUCUCUUUCACUUAUUUUGGUAAUGCUCUGAUGCAACACUGCAACUUUAUGAAAUCUUUGUAUGAAAACAAAAAGACUGCAGAAAAAACUUUAAAAAGAAUUCUUUCAUUGCAUGUUUAUUAUGCAAGUUUAAACAAAAAAGCAACCUUCUGAAGCAAGUUGAUCAACAUGAGAAAACAUUCACGAUAAUAUUCAUAGUAAUAAAGUGUUGUGGGCUUUAUUGUACAUUUGAAAACAGUGUCAUCUACCCACUAUGUAUAUGUUAUGAACUUGCCAGUAAUUUGGUUUUAUUUUUUUCCUAUUAUGUUUGAUUUAUGUUCAUUUUGCCAUUUGUGAUCAUUAGUGGAAUUAAAGAUUUUCUUAGGCCAAUUUUUAAAAUCAAAGGUGAAGCAAUAUCCAUUCAGGGAUUUCAUCAGUUGCAUCAUCAAACACCAAUGAUGUGUACAUCACUCCAUUUUGAGUCCUUUUUGAUUGUAAUGCCAGUCUUUACAAAUAAAAGGAGAGAUUUGAAAUGGAAAUAAGCUG